UCUCAUCCAUUUUGCGAGAACAAGCAAACCUCAUGCACGAUGGACCCAAGUGGAUAGUGCUGGACGGGGACAUUGACCCCACGUGGAUCGAAUCACUGAACACCGUCAUGGAUGACAACAAGGUACUGACCUUGGCCAGCAAUGAGCGAGUGGCUCUCACACCCUCCAUGAGGCUCCUGUUCGAGAUCCACCACCUGAGGACAGCCACCCCGGCCACUGUCUCCAGAGCAGGUGUUCUGUAUGUGAACCCACAGGAUUUGGGCUGGAAUCCGUAUGUGGCCAGUUGGAUAGACAGAAGGCAGCAUCAAUCAGAAAAGGCCAAUUUAACCAUUCUUUUUGAUAAAUACGUCCCCACGUGCCUGGAAAAGCUACGGACCAGUUUUAAAACCAUCACCUCAAUUCCCGAGAGCAGCCUGGUGCAGACUAUUUGUGCUCUUUUGGAGUGUUUGUUGACUCCUGAAAAUGUGCCUUCUGACAGCCCUAAAGAAGUUUAUGAAGUCUAUUUUGUCUUUGCUUGUGUCUGGGCAUUUGGAGGCCCUCUACUACAGGAUCAACUGUCUGAUUAUCAAGCUGACUUCAGUCGGUGGUGGCAUAAAGAGAUGAAAGCAGUGAAAUUUCCCUCACAGGGAACCGUCUUUGACUAUUAUCUGGACCACAAAACUAAGAAAUUCUUGCCUUGGGCCGACAAGGUUCCCCAGUUCACCAUGGAUGCGGACGCAGCCCUGCAGACCGUUCUGGUUCACACAUCAGAGACCACUCGUCUUCGGUAUUUCACUCAGUUGUUGCUUGAGAAAGGAAAACCACUCAUGCUAGCAGGAAGCACAGGAGUGGGAAAAACAGUCUUCCUGGCUGAUCUGCUGGCGAGCCUCCCUGAGGAGUACAUAGUGUCCCGGGUGCCUUUCAACUACUACAUGACAUCUGCGGCCCUGCAGAGAAUUCUUGAGAAACCUUUAGAGAAGAAAGCUGGUCGUAAAUACGGCCCAGGAGGAAGUAAAAAGCUAGUGUAUUUCAUCGAUGACCUGAACGUGCCUGCGGUGGACUCGUAUGGCACUGCUCAGCCCCACACGCUGCUGAGACAGCACCUUGACCAUGGGCACUGGUAUGACAGGCAGAAGAUGAUGCUUAAGGAAGUCUACAACUGCCAGUAUGUUGCCUGCAUGAAUCCCAUGGUGGGCAGCUUCACAGUCAACCCCAGGCUGCAGAGGCAUUUCACAGUGUUUGCAUUCAACUUUCCAUCUUUGGAUGCCCUGACCACCAUCUACAGCCAGAUCUUGAGCUUCCAUUUCCAGCAGCAAGCUUUCAGCCCAUCGGUUGUCAAGACCGGCCCCUCUUUGAUCCAGGCAACAAUAACAUUCCAUAAGAUGAUGGUACAAAAUUUCUUGCCCUCGGCUAUUAAAUUCCACUACAUCUUUAAUCUGAGAGACUUAUCAAACAUCUUCCAGGGGAUUUUGUUUGCUUCUCCUGAGUGUUUAAAAUGUCCAGAUGACUUAGUGCACUUGUGGCUUCAUGAGUCUUCUCGUGUCUAUGGAGACAAACUCAUAGACGCAGGCGAUUGUGACUUGUUUCAGAAAAAGAUGCUGGAGACGGCUCGCAGGCAUUUUGAGGGCUUCCACAGCCACAUGCCGCUUCAACAGCCCCUCAUCUAUUGCCACUUUGCUAACGUCGGGGAGGACCCACGUUACAUGCCAGUGAAGGAAUGGGAGGGGCUGAAAACCAUUCUCACAGAAGCCUUAGACAACUACAACGAACUACACGCUGCUAUGCAUCUGGUUUUAUUUGAGGAUGCCAUGCAACACGUGUGUCGCAUCAGCCGCAUCCUGCGCACCCCGCGGGGCCACGCCCUCUUGAUCGGAGUCGGGGGGAGUGGCAAGCAGAGCCUGUCUCGGCUGGCAGCUUACAUCUGCAGCCUGGAGGUCUUUCAGAUCACUCUGACAGAAGGCUAUGGGACCCAGGAGCUUCGGGUAGAUCUGGCCAAUUUGUACAUCAGAACCGGAGCCAAGAGCAUGCCCACGGUGUUCCUGCUGACAGAUGCCCACGUUCUAGAUGAGAGCUUUCUCGUGCUGAUUAAUGACUUGCUGGCAUCAGGAGAAAUCCCAGAUCUGUUCAGUGACGAAGAUGCGGACAAGAUAGUUUCUGGAAUUCGGAAUGAAGUUCGUAGUCUUGGCAUGGUGGACUCCAGAGAAAACUGCUGGAACUUCUUUUUGGCCAGAGUCCGACAACAGCUCAAAAUCAUUUUCUGUUUCUCUCCAGUGGGUCACACGCUGAGGGUGAGAGCGCGGAAGUUCCCAGCUCUGGUCAACUGCACAGCUAUUGACUGGUUUCACGCAUGGCCACAGGAGGCUCUGGUCUCUGUCAGCAGGAGGUUCAUUGAGGAAAUAGAGGGGAUUGAGCCACUGCACAGAGAUUCUAUUGGCCUUUUCAUGGCUCACGUUCAUACCAGCGUAAAUGAAAUGAGUGCCAGGUAUUACCAGAAUGAGAGAAGAUACAACUAUACCACCCCAAAGAGUUUUCUAGAGCAAAUAUCGCUGUUUAAGAACCUGUUGAAGGCAAGACGGGAAGAGGUACGCCAGAAGAAAGAGCAUCUGGUCAAUGGCAUCCAGAAGCUGAGGACUACAGCCUCACAGGUGGAGGAUCUGAAAGCCAGGCUCGCCUCUCAGGAAGCUGAGCUGCAGCUGAGGAACCACGACGCCGAAGCUCUGAUCACAAAAAUCGGGCUACAGACAGAGAAAGUGAGCCGAGAAAAGGCCAUCGCAGAUGCCGAGGAGCGAAAGGUGGCCGCCAUUCAGGCCGAAGCAUGCCAGAAACAGAGAGAAUGCGAAGCUGACCUCCUGAAGGCCGAGCCGGCGCUGGCGGCUGCUACGGCUGCUCUCAACACACUCAACAGGGUGAACCUCACAGAGCUGAAAACCUUUCCCAACCCCCCAAAUGCUGUCACCAAUGUCACUGCAGCUGUAAUGGUCCUUCUUGCUCCCCGGGGCAGAGUGCCAAAAGACCGGAGUUGGAAAGCGGCUAAAAUCUUCAUGGGAAAGGUUGAUGACUUUUUGCAAGCAUUAAUUAACUACGACAAAGAGCACAUUCCAGAGAACUGUCUAAAAGUGGUGAAUGAACAGUAUUUGAAAGACCCAGAAUUCAAUCCAAACCUGAUUAGGACCAAAUCUUUUGCAGCCGCUGGUCUGUGUGCCUGGGUCACCAACAUCAUCAAAUUCUAUGAGGUCUACUGUGACGUGGAGCCAAAACGCCAGGCACUGGCCCAAACAAACUUGGACCUGGCUGCAGCCACAGAAAAGCUAGAAGCUAUCAGGAAGAAACUUCUGGAACUGGACCAAAAUCUGAGCAGACUGACCACUUCAUUUGAAAAGGCAACUGCUGAGAAGGUCCGGUGUCAGGACGAGGUGAACCAGACCAACAAGACCAUCGACCUCGCCAACCGACUCGUCGGCGAGCUUGAGUCAGAGAAGAUUCGCUGGGCUCAGUCUAUUAAGUCCUUUGAGACACAAGAGAAGACACUCUGUGGAGACGUCCUCCUCACGGCUGCAUUUGUGUCUUACGUUGGGUCCUUCACUAAACAGUACCGCCAGGAGCUGGUGGAUUGCAAGUGGGUCCCCUUUCUUCAGGAGCAGGUUUCCAUCCCUAUAACGGAAGCCCUGGACGUGAUUGCCACACUGACAGAUGAUGCUACAGUUGCCACCUGGAAUAAUGAGGGACUACCCAGUGAUAGGAUGUCAACCGAGAAUGCCACCAUCCUAACGUACUGUGAGCGGUGGCCCCUGAUGAUAGAUCCUCAACAACAGGGAAUUAAGUGGAUCAAGAAAAAGUAUGGAACUGACCUAAAAGUCACACAUUUAGGCCAGAAAGGGUAUAUCAGGAUUGGAGAUAAGGAGUGUGAAUUUAGCAAGAGCUUUCGUCUUAUCCUUCACACAAAACUGGCAAAUCCUCACUAUAAGCCGGAAUUACAAGCUCAGACAACCCUCCUCAAUUUCACGGUCACAGAAGAUGGUCUGGAAUCACAGCUGCUGGCAGAAGUUGUCAGUAUUGAAAGGCCAGAUUUGGAGAAACUUAAGCUGGUAUUGACUAAGCAGCAAAAUGACUUUAAGAUAGAGCUGAAGCGCCUGGAGGAUGACCUCCUCCUGCGCCUGUCUGCCGCCGAGGGGAGCUUCCUGGAUGACACCCAACUGGUGGAGAGACUGGAGACGACAAAGGCCACCGCCGCAGAGACAGAGCACAAGGUGAUUGAAGCCAAAGAAAAUGAAAGAAAAAUCAACGAGGUUCGAGAGUGUUACAGACCCGUGGCCGCAAGAGCAUCUCUUCUUUAUUUUGUUAUUAAUGACCUCAGAAAAAUCAACCCCAUCUAUCAAUUCUCUCUGAAGGCUUUCAACAUGCUCUUCCACAGAGCGAUCGAGCAGACUGACAAGGUGGAGGACCCACAGGAACGCAUCUGUGUCCUAAUAGAAAGCAUCACCCAUGCCACCUUCCUCUAUGCCAGCCGGGCACUAUUUGAGAAGGACAAGCUCACUUUUUUGACACAGAUGACUUUUCAGAUUUUGUUGAGAAAGAAAGAGAUCGAUCCCCGUGAACUGGAUUUCCUGCUUCGAUUCACAGUUGAACAUACUUACCAGAGUCCUGUUGACUUCCUAACUAAUCAGUCAUGGAGUGCUAUUAAGGCCAUCUCCCUCAUGGAAGAAUUUCGAGGCAUAGAUCGAGAUGUGGAAGGAUCUGUUAAGCAGUGGAGGAAGUGGGUAGAAUCGGAGUGUCCAGAGAAAGAAAAGUUGCCACAGGAAUGGAAGAAGAAAAGUCUAAUCCGGAAACUGAUUAUUUUGAGAGCAAUGCGCCCAGACCGCAUGACAUAUGCUCUUAGAAAUUUUGUUGAGGAAAAACUAGGUACAAAGUACGUGGAGAGGACCAGAUUGGAUUUGGGUAAAGCAUUUGAAGAAAGCAACAUGGCCACCCCAAUAUUCUUCAUCCUGUCUCCGGGGGUGGAUGCCCUGAAAGACCUAGAGAUGCUUGGCAAAAGACUUGGGUUUACCAUUGACUCGGGAAAAUUCCACAAUGUGUCUUUAGGACAAGGUCAGGAAAUGGUGGCAGAAAUGGCACUGGAGAAAGCUUCCAGAGAAGGACACUGGGUAAUACUUCAGAAUGUCCACCUGGUGGCCAAGUGGCUGGGAACCUUGGAGAAACUCCUUGAAAGAUUCAGCCAGGGAAGCCAUGGUGAUUCCAGGGUGUUCAUGAGCGCAGAGGCUGCGCCUUCACCCCAAGAGCACACCAUCCCUCAGGGACUCCUGGAAAAUUCCAUUAAGAUCACCAAUGAGCCCCCUACAGGAAUGCUGGCCAAUUUGCAUGCUGCUCUGUACAAUUUUGAUCAGGAUACCCUUGAGAUGUGCUCCAAGGAUCAGGAGUUCAAAAGCAUCCUCUUUUCUUUGUGCUACUUCCACGCCUGUGUGGCCGGCAGACUGAGGUUUGGCCCACAGGGCUGGAGCCGGAGCUACCCUUUCAGUCCCGGAGACCUGACCAUCUGUGCCAAUGUCCUCCACAACUACUUAGAGGCGAGUCCUAAUGUCCCCUGGGAAGACCUCCGUUAUCUCUUUGGUGAGAUCAUGUAUGGGGGCCACAUCACAGACUCGUGGGAUCGCAAGCUGUGUCGGGUGUAUCUAGAAGAAUUUAUGAAUCCAUCUCUGAUUGAAGAUGAGCUCAUGCUGGCACCAGGAUUUGCAGCUCCUCCCUACCUCGAUUAUUCGGGUUACCAUCAGUACGUAGAGGAGAUGCUGCCUCCAGAAAGCCCGGCGCUGUACGGCCUCCACCCCAAUGCUGAAAUAGAAUUCCUGACUGUGACGUCCAACACUCUCUUCAGAACACUGCUGGAAAUGCAGCCCAGAAAUGCAGGCAGCAGUGAGGAGCGGGGGCCGUCUACAGAAGAAAAGGUUAAGAAUAUCUUGGAUGACAUUUUGGAGAAACUUCCAGAAGAGUUCAACAUGGCAGAGAUAAUGCAAAAAUCCUCAAACAGAAGCCCAUAUGUUCUCGUUUGCUUCCAAGAAUGUGAAAGGAUGAACAUUCUCAUUCGGGAAAUCCACGUGUCACUUCAACAGUUAGACCUUGGUUUGAAGGGAGAGCUGACGUUAUCUCCUGAUGUGGAAGCCCAUCAGUUGGCUCUGAAUUACGACAGGGUUCCAGACACUUGGAGCAAACUGGCUUACCCAUCUACUUACGGCCUGGCCCAGUGGUUCAACGACCUCCUCUUGCGCUGCCGGGAACUUGACAUGUGGACGCGAGACCUCGCCCUUCCCGCGGUUGUGUGGCUUUCUGGCUUCUUCAACCCUCAGGCCUUCCUAACAGCAAUCAUGCAGACCAUGGCUCGGAAAAAUGAGUGGCCGCUGGACAGAAUGUGUUUGACGGUUGAUGUUACCAAGAAAACGAAGGAAGAUUAUGGCCAUCCACCCAGGGAAGGUGCAUACCUUCAUGGGCUCCUCCUGGAAGGUGCCAGCUGGGACCCCCAGGCCGGAACCCUUGCUGAUGCCCGCCUUAAGGAGUUAACAUCCAUGAUGCCAGUCAUCUUUGUCAAAGCCAUACCGAUGGACAGACAUGAAACCAAACAUACGUAUGAGUGCCCUGUGUACAAAACCAAAGCCAGAGGCCCUACCUAUGUCUGGAGCUUCCGGUUGAAGAGCAAAGAGAAGACAGCUAAAUGGGUGCUGGCUGGGGUGGCUCUGUUGCUGGAAGCCUAAGCAGACGGUGGCGCUGGGACUUUAGAGUCACCUGUUAGA